AUGCCUGACAGAUCUCCUCCACUGAUUGAAAGGUUUGACGACACUUCUGACCCGGAGCACCAUCUCAGGAACUUCAUCGACUCCAUGGCUUACUACUCCAAGAGCGACCUGGUCAAAUGCAGAGCUUUCUCCCAAUCCUUAAAAGGAGAAGCUCUGGAGUGGUAUUACACUCUUCCCCCUAACUCAGUUGACAGCUUCCGCACUGUCAUCACCUUGUUCAAAAAGCAUUAUGCCAUUAACCGGAGAGAUGAGAUAACCCCCGCUGAACUCGUCAAUAUAAAACAAGGCAAAGACAAGACUUUGAGAGCGUUCAUACAAAGAUAUAAUGAAGCAGCAAGGCGAGCAAAAGGUGUUAACCAUGAAUUCAUAAUCGGUAAUCUCCCCAAUUGUCUAAAAUCGGGAUACGUCUCGGAACACCUAUAUGCCAAACAACCCAAAACGAUGGAUGAGCUCCAAGAAAGGUUGACCGAAUACAUCAAGAUGGAAGAUCAUAGAAUCUCUCGCAGAAAACAACCGUCAGAAACCUCCACGAACGAAAUCAGAAAAGAAGUAAAGCGCCCCCGUGAAAGAGAUCAACCACAAAGAUUCCCCCGAAGGAACGUACCGGUGCCGUUAGGUCCCCACUAUGACCAUUAUGCAAAACUCAACACCUCGAGGGAAAGGGUAUUUGAAAAAGCCCUACAAACCAACCUCAUCUUCGUACGCAGACGAUAG